AUUAAAAAUGAAUGAUGAGUUUCCUGUGCCUAAACCCAUACAGAGAGUAGAAGGGAAUGUGUUACCUGAGGAGGAAUACUUGCGGAGGUUGGAAAUCAUAAUCAAGAGAGACUAUUACCCGGAAUUAUAUAAACUAGACAAAAUGAGAAAUGAGGAUGGGUAGUAUUUUUAAAUAAUCAGAAAUUAGAAAUCCAGAUGAAAAUAUGUCAUUGAGCAAAUUCCUCAGCACCUACACUUCUGAUGAAAAUGUUACCUUAAAUCAAAUUAUCAAGAAGGGUGACGACUAAUGGUAUUAGAAGCAUGCAUGGAUGUUUUAAGUGGAAGAAUAGCAUAAACUUAAAUAAGCCGCACUUCAAUCUGAUAAAUUAUAGCAUAUGAUUGAAGGCAACAGAGAAAACAACAUUCAAUUAAAUGAAUACAAGGCUUUGAAUCCAUUGUAUUUUAGAAUGGACCCCAGAAAUGAAAGGUAAGAAUAUAAGCUAUUUAGACUACAACCAGCAAUCUAAGAACUCAAAGAAACCGACAACUCUUUGAAUUUGCAAAAAGUAGAAAUUCAAAAUACAAGAUUUUCUGAUCAUCAUAUACCCUUAGAUUUUGCAAUCAAUCAAAUAGACUAAAAGCUUCAAAAGAGAAAACUUCAAGAAUGCUUAAAUGCAUAGGGUGUUAAUGUAUUCUAUGGAAGCACUCCAAAUUUGGUUGGAGCCCAAAGGUUUGAAGAUGAUGAUAUGCUUGGUCUCUUUUCCCCUGCUCCUCAAAAUAUGAAAACUCCCUUGAUGACUUGGGGAGAAUUAGGAGAAACUCCAGUGUAAUUGGAUAGAUCAUAUAUGAUUCCUCCGAGUUCCUAAAGAGAUAAAGUAGGGUAGAAUCUAACAUAAUAAUUAAAUGUCAAGAAGAGGAAUGAAUAGAAAUAAUAAUAAGAGUACUAUUUUUACUUAAUGUUAGAUUGCUAAAAAGAAGAUUGAGCUCCAUUACACCUUAUAGAGUGGGCAGCUCAAUGUCCUCCAGAGUUAGUUCAGAAAUGAUCAAGAACUUCCUUGAUAGGAGAGGCUCCACCAACCAUUUCACUCCCAUGGGUCCAAAGAGCAAGAACAUAAAAAAACCAUAAUGA